AUGCAUUGCAUGUCCAACCUGUUCGCGUUGCCGAAGUGCGGGCUGUCGAGUGUGGACCUGAUGGCGGGGACCGUCGUCCUACUGGUGAUCGUGCCCCUCUGGCUGGCCGGUCGUUUCCUGAAGAACGUGAGCUUGUUGUUCAGGUUCCCCCUGACGCUGCUGCUCGUGCCGACCCUCACCGGGACAAGAUUCCUGCCGAAGUUGUCCACGGCACCGCUCCUGUUCACGUGCCAGAAUGUGCUGCCGACGUGGGCGCACAUCCUCGCGUCCAUGUCCUUCCUGGCCCGCAUGGCGCCGUCGCUGAUGUUGCAGAAGCUGGACGCCGCCUGGUCGUCCUGCUGGCCGACUCGGAGCAGAUCACCGGCCACACCACGUACUCGGAAGCCAAGAAGCUCAUGCAGCACGAGGCCGCAUGGGUUCAGGUCGUGGAGGCGCGGCGCCUCCUGCUAUAGGACACGUUCAAUCUCCAGCUUUGGCAAUAUCAUGAUACCCAGUCCAACUCGGACGUGGGUUGUGAAUCUCUGCACGACGAUACCCUGGUUGAAGAAGUGGCUGACGCCGCCCUUCCCGAACAAGAUCCUCCUGAAGCUGAUCAUGGAGCCGCUGCCGCUGCUCGCCCAGCCCGCGUGCUGCAUGUUGAUGCGUGCGACGACUAUCCCGAAGGCGAUUGGCAUGAAUGGGCUCUACCUGGUGCUCCGUACCUUCGCUGUUCGGCCGACGCCGACCUUCCCGAACAAGCUCUUCCGAGUGUUGGUUCAUUUCUGCAUACUGCGGCUGGUGACGGGCACGAUUGGACGGUUCCUGGCGCGCUGUACCUUCGCCGCUCGGACCUCUUCCAACUUCGAUGCUGCUGCUCGUCUCUCAAUGGCCUGGCAGACGAAUUGA